GUAUGCGCCUUUCAGUUAGUUGCGAUCCGCCAAUACAAAUUGAAAGAAGAAGAGAUAUUCCUUCCGCAUUAACACAUUUUGUUGAAGGUCGUGAGUGCUACUUGUAUUCCACAAUGUCUCUGGCUAAGCCUGCAAUGCGAGGACUCCUUGGGAAGCGUCUGAGGUUCCACUUGCCCAUUGCCUUCGCCCUGUCAUUGGUGGCUGCAGCAGCUUUCAAGUACGGUGUGACAGAGCCCAGGAAACAGGCCUAUGCCGAUUUCUACAAACAAUAUGACACCACAAAGGAGUUCAACAACAUGAGGGAAGCUGGCAUUUUUGAAAGUGUAAGGCCAACUGGCGAAUAAACCCCACUGGAGUCCCAUUGUGCAUUCCUGGUCUGAUGUUCCUGCUCUGUGAUUUACUCAUCGAACAUUGUGGUUAUGUUCUCAUAAAUAAAUGAUUCUCUCUA